AAAAAAAAAAAAAAAUUCCUUGACCCAACUUUAUUUGCGAAAUAACAACUUCACAGGGGCAAUUCGUCUUCGCUUCUUCCCCUUGCCCAAGCUUGUCAGACUCAACCUUGAGAAUGACAAUUUAAUUAAAGGUCAGAUACCGGACUUUCAACUUCUCAUUGUUUAACAUCUCCAAUUACUAUUUGAACGUUCACAUUCCUACUGCUCUUGCCGGCAUCAAUCCAACCUCUUUUGCAGGUGAUCUUUGCUAUAUGUCUUUUGCAGGUGAUCUUUGUUAUAUGUCUUCUUUUUUUCCUUACAAUUUAAUCUUAUAUUAUAUGUCACUUAUAUGAAAUAAUUGUUAAUUAUAUCAAAUUUUAUUUUAUUUUAUUUUUUAGGUUUGUUCUCCCCAUCUAUUAUGACAUUUAAUAAUUCAAUUUAUACGAGAACAAUGGCUUAUGUGGAAAGCCGCUGUUUGCAUGCAAAUCCUCCAAGAGGAAACCAUGAUAAUAAUAAUCGUGGUACUAUGCCGUGAGUGUGAUUGCAUUACUGCUUUGGUCGCAUUUGCCUAUCUCCGCAGCCGCCAAACCAAAACGAGCCAGGUGAAGCAGAUCCAAGUCCAAGGGACAAAACCCCAAACCGAAUUUCAAUCGCUUGAUCAUGAUCCUGACCAAAAGGGCGAGUUGCAUUUCAUAAGGAACGAUAGAGAGAGAUUUGACUUGCAAGACCUUCUGAGGGCCUCUGCCAAGAUUUUGGAUAGCAGCAAUUUUGGGUCAUUGUACAAAGUGCAUCUUUUAGAUGGGCCUGCUAUGAUUGUGAAGAGGUUUAAGGAAAUGAAAAAUGUGGGAAGGAAGAAUUUCAAGAGCACACGACUAGGUCUCCAGAAUUCACCCAAGGUGACCACAUCACAAGCAAGACCGACGUCUUGGAGUCUCGACAUCCUGAUCCUGGAACUGUUAACUAGUAAGUUCCUGGCCAAUUAUCUUAGAUACGGGAAAGGUACCAAUGUUCAUCAGGCUAGUUGGUGAAUUCGAUUGUCAGAGAUGAAUGGAUAGGAGAGGUGUUUGAUAUGGACAAGUGAGCAAUGACUAACGACGAUUUCUCUUUCUCUAUCAAUGGUUGAUUACUGAAGCUUGCUUUACUUUUCCUAUAGGUCAUUUAUGGCAAUUAAUUAGUCCUUGAAUGGAUGAGUCAGGGAUUAUUUGUGUGUUUCCCAAUUUUAUGUUCCUAUUCUUUUAAUGUUUAUUUUGUCCAAUUGACAUCUCUGUUAAUUUAUGGGGCUGAUUCUCACAA